GCGAACACCAUUUCCAGAAACCAACUACAUCAAAAACCCUAAUUGCGACUAUAAUCAGUAUAUAAACACUCGAAUUCAAUUGUUGAAAUUCACAACAUAAUCUCUCUCUCUCUCUCUCUCUCUCUCUCUCAAUCCACAAGCUCAAAGGGUGCAAAGCCCACGCUCUCUCACUUCUUUUAUUUUCUUUACAUUUAUUUUCCGUUUUUUUUUUCAAUUUUUUUUGUUAUCUUUCUAUCUAAUCUUCUCUUGUUCUACAGGUUUUAGUUUCUUUGUUUGUAUCUAUCUGUUCUAUUAUUUGGAUUUGUUUUGUUGGUAUUAACAUCAUGGAUGCAGGAUCAGUGAACUCUUCUUCCAACUUGAAAGCACAAUCUAGAUUCCCACUUCAAGAUCAGGUUCUCCAAAGAAAGAAUUCGAAAGAAAACUUGGAUAGAUUUAUCCCAAAUCGGUCAGCAAUAGAUUGGGACUAUGCCCACUACAUGCUAACAGAAGGUAAGAAAGGAAAAGAUGACCCUGCAGUGAGCUCUCCAUCAAGAGAGGCCUACAGGAAGCAACUGGCGGAAACUUUGAACAUGAACCGGACUCGAAUUCUAGCUUUCAAGAACAAGCCUCCAGCUCCUGUGGAAUUGAUCCCACAAGAGCACACUUCCUCAUCUCACCUCCAGGCUAAACCCACCAAGCCCCGAAGACACAUUCCACAGACUUCUGAGAGGACAUUGGAUGCUCCUGAUCUUCUUGAUGAUUUCUACCUGAACUUACUGGAUUGGGGCAGCAGCAAUGUUCUAGCUAUAGCUCUUGGAAGCACAGUAUAUUUGUGGGAUGCUUCUGAUGGUUCUACCUCGGAACUUGUGACAAUUGAUGAUGAAAUUGGUCCUGUUACCAGUGUCAAUUGGGCUCCCGAUGGGCGCCACAUUGCCAUUGGUUUGAACAAUUCUGAGGUCCAGUUAUGGGAUUCUGCUGCUAAUCGACAGCUUAGAACAUUGAGAGGAGGCCAUAGAUCACGAGUUGGGUCACUGGCAUGGAACAAUCAUAUCCUUACUACUGGAGGAAUGGAUGGCCAAAUAAUUAAUAAUGAUGUAAGAAUUAGAUCACACAUUGUGGAGACCUAUAGAGGACAUCAACAAGAGGUUUGUGGGCUUAAAUGGUCAGCUUCGGGCCAACAGUUAGCAAGUGGAGGCAACGAUAACCUCGUUCACAUAUGGGAUAGAUCCUUAGCAUCAUCAAAUUCUGCUACACAAUGGCUUCACAGGCUUGAGGACCAUACUUCUGCAGUGAAAGCUCUCGCUUGGUGUCCAUUCCAAGGAAAUUUGCUGGCCACCGGAGGCGGUGGUGGUGAUAGGUGCAUAAAGUUUUGGAAUACACACACUGGUGCUUGCUUGAACUCAGUAGACACUGGUUCUCAAGUCUGUUCUCUAUUGUGGAGUAAGAAUGAGAGGGAAUUGCUCAGCUCUCAUGGAUUUACUCAGAAUCAGCUCACUCUCUGGAAAUAUCCAUCAAUGGUGAAAAUGGCAGAACUCACUGGCCAUACGUCUAGAGUCCUUUUCAUGACUCAGAGUCCAGAUGGUUGCUCAGUGGCAACAGCAGCAGGUGAUGAAACGCUAAGAUUUUGGAAUGUUUUUGGAGUCCCAGAAGCGGCUAAACCUGCUCCAAAAGCAAAUCCUGAGCCUUUUUCCCAUUUGACUCGCAUCCGCUGAAAAGGAUCAUGAGGAUAGGCGCUGGAUUCAUUGAAGUCUGAGGUCUCUAUAGAUCUUUGGUGCCUAGUGAUUCGGACAAGAACAGCUAAAGAAAGCACCUUCAGUUUCUUUUCAGACCAAUCAACUGCCAAGGCUAAAAUAGAAGUUUGGUGUCAAUUAAUUGUCAGUGUCCUCCAUCUAGACAAUUCAGUUUCAGGAGAAGGCCGAGAUGUUUCGAUCAAGAUCUGCAUUGUCCAUUCAAAUCUCUCCGUGUAGAUGGGAUUGUAUGUAAAAUAGCAUUUAAUAGAGCCCCUGAAAUUCCCAUUUUGGUUUUUGGGGAUGAGUGGAUGUAUCAAUGUUUAUUAAUAGACAGGAGCAUUCAGGUCCUUUCUCCGUGGAUGUAGUCACUGUACUGUGACGAACCCCGUAAAUUCUGUGCCUUUUUUUUUAUUUUUUAUUUUUAUCUUUCCUCCUUUUCUUCUUGGUCCUUGGUGUAAAAUGUCAAAAUGAAGAGGCACCAAGUCAAACGUAUUAAAUUUGAAACCAUUGAAAGGAGAACAAAAGAAAAGGAAAUUAUUUUCCUCUGCCAA